CAAUUUCGCUUCCUCUUGUCCCCCCACCGCUCUCUCUCUCUCUCUCUUUCUUUUCGUUCUAGCCUUAAUCUCCUCUCUCUCUUUUGUUUCCCUUUGUUUUUUCAUUUUUACUUUAACUUUGAUUCUUCUUCUAUGGAACCUGAAGCUUACUGGUUCUUUCAGGUUCUUCAUGCUUCUUUUUGCGUUCUUAUCUUCACUUUUACAAUCCUUUCUCUUUUUUCUCUCUCGUUUUGUUUACUCAGACCAAAACUCUGGUGCAACUGUGAGAUUUGCCGCGCUUAUCUCUCCUCGAGUUGGUCAAAACAAUUUGAGAAUCUUUGUGAUUGGUACACUCACCUGCUGAAGAACUCGCCUGGCAAAACUAUCCAUAUUCAUGUUCUUGGCAACACAAUCACAGCCAACCCUGACAACGUUGAGUACAUGCUGAAAACAAAUUUUGACAACUUCCCCAAAGGGAAACCUUUCUCCACGAUCUUGGGUGACUUUCUUGGUCGAGGCAUAUUCAACGUGGAUGGUGAUUCCUGGAGGUUUCAGAAGAAGAUGGCAUGCCUGGAGCUUGGGAAGCACUCGAUAAGAUCUUAUGCUUUUGAGAUUAUCAACUGUGAGAUCAUAAACAGACUUAUCCCGUUAUUAUCGUCCGUUGCAACCGGCAAAGAACAGCGGGUUUUGGAUUUACAAGACGUGUUUAGAAGGUUUUCGUUUGAUAGCAUAUGCAGGUUCUCUUUUGGGCUGGACCCUAGAUGCCUAGAGCUGUCUCUACCCAUGUCGAAAUUCGCCACGGCCUUUGACUUAGCCUCCAAAUUGUCAGCUGAGAGAGCCAUGACUGCUUCCCCCCUUCUAUGGAAGAUCAAACGGGUUUUGAAUUUAGGCAGUGAGAAGCAACUGAAGAAGGCUGUCAAGAUUAUCAAUAUUUUAGCCAAAGAGGUAAUAAGGCAAAGGCGCAAAAUGGGAUUUUUAACCCAUAAUGAUCUUCUCUCCCGCUUCAUGUGUACCGUAAACGAUGAAACUUACUUAAGAGAUAUUGUUAUAAGCUUUUUAUUAGCUGGCCGUGACACGGUGGCAUCAGGUUUAACAAGCUUGUUCUGGCUACUGGCAAAGCAUCCAAACGUAGGGUCAGCGAUUAGACAAGAGGCGGAUCGAGUUAUUGGGCAAAACCAGGAGCUGACAAGCUUUGAACAGAUGAAAGAACUCCAGUAUUUACAAGCAGCAGUGUAUGAGAGCAUGAGACUCUACCCUCCUAUUCAAUUCGAUUCAAAGUUUUGUCAAGAGGACGAUACACUACCCGACGGGUCCUUUCUGAAGAGAGGAACUAGGGUUACCUACCAUCCCUACGCUAUGGGACGGAUGGAAGAGAUAUGGGGUCCAGAUUGCUUGGAAUUCAAGCCUGAAAGGUGGUUGAGAAACGGUGUUUUCUCUCCUGAAAACCCUUUCAAGUAUCCAGUUUUCCAAGCCGGAUUCAGGGUGUGUUUGGGGAAAGAAAUGGCUCUAGUGGAGCUGAAAAGCGUGGCACUUUCACUCGUUCGGCGAUUCCAAGUCGAAUUAGUGGCACCACAUCGGACACCACGAUUCUCUCCUGGGCUUACCGCCACUUUUAGUGGUGGACUCCCUGUCCUGGUACGAGAAAGAGAAUCCCAAUCAUAAAAUCUCUUCAAACAUUAGUAUAAUAGUACAAUUAUGGCACUUAAGCCGAUCAAGUUUUACAAGUGUGUGGUUAAUACUACAGUAUGGAGACAGAUUCAUCGUCAGGGGCUGUCAAGUUGCACAGCGUGAUUCAUGAUAUCGAAAGUGACGUAAGAUUCAAUGGCUAAUUUGUGCUCGAGGAAAAAAGUAUCCCUGUUUAUCAAUAUAAUUUCGUUACUCAUUGGAAUAUUUUUAUCUGAUGAUUUGUACCGAUAGGACAUUAGAUCUUAUUCUUGUACAAAACUAUGGGUGGCUGGUGUUUUUUGACUGUAUAAACAGUUGCAGCCUGGUGUUCUUAUCAGAUGGAUGGAGCUUUGUUUUGUUCAUCAGGUCAGUCGCACUCUAUGAAGCUAU